AUGCAUGCAGUUCGUCAGAACUUAAAUACUGAGGAAGAAGUGGAAAAUGUAGCAGACAUUGGUUUUGAUUGUAACAUGUGCAGACCCUAUAUGCCUGCGUCUAAUGUGCCUUCCUCAGACUGCUGUGGAUCUUCACUUGUAGCACAAAUUGUCACAAAAGUAAAAGAGCUAGACCCACCCAAGACUUAUACCCAGGAUGGUGUGUGUUUGACUGAAUCAGGGAUGACUGAGUUACAGAGCCUCACAGUUGCAGUUCCAAGAAGAAAACUGUCAAAACCAAAACUGAAAUUAAAGAUUAUAAAUCAGAAUAGCGUGGCCAUCCUUCAGACCCCUCCAGACAUCCAAUCAGAACAUUCAAGGGAUGGUGAUAUGGAUGAUAGUCGAGAAGGAGAACUUAUGGAUUGUGAUGGAAAAUCAGAAUCUAGUCCUGAGCGGGAAGCUGUGGAUGAUGAAACUAAGGGAGUGGAAGGAACAGAUGGUGUCAAAAAGAGAAAAAGGAAACCAUACAGACCAGGUAUUGGUGGAUUUAUGGUGCGGCAAAGAAGUCGAACUGGGCAAGGGAAAACCAAAAGAUCUGUGAUCAGAAAAGAUUCCUCAGGCUCUGUUUCUGAGCAGUUACCUUGCAGAGAUGAUGGGGUUCGGGCCUCGGGCCCCUCCCCUCGCCCAGGCACACCUUGCAGAGGAGGGGGCGGCGGGGACAGGACCCGGGUCUGUGCCUGCGCACACCCUCGCGGGCCAACCCCACCCCCCCGCCGGGUACCUGUCACGGCUACUGCCGCGGCGCGCGCCCACCAGGUUAAGCCGGAUGGCGGGAGGAGAGGUGCGGGGCACGGGGUGCGGGGAGGGUGGCACGGCGCGCGCGUGCGCAGGAGUCGCCGAGCAAGAACUGGUAGUGCGCGCGCUCGCCGCUCGCUCGCGUCCCGGAGGCGGAGUCUGCGGCGGCGGGAGGAGCAGGGGCGCGCCUAUGCUAGUCACGUGGGCGCUGGGGCGGGGCCGGGGCGGGCCGGCGCGGCCGUUCAAGGCAGGGGGCGGGGCCGGCGCGGCCGUUCAAGGCAGGGGGCGGGGCGUCUCCGAGCGGCGGGGCCAAGGGAGGGCGCAACAGCUGCUACCUCAACACUUUCUGACCCAACGGUCACCCAGCGCCGGACUCGCUGCGCCCCGGCGGCUCUAGGGACCCCUGGCGCCUACACUUAG